AUUCAUUCUACUUUUCUUUAUUUUCGUAUCUAAUAUAAUGAAUUUUUUAGUAAUAAACUCUAAUGCACUUCCAUUUUCAGAUAAUAAAAAAUUCCCUAUAAUCGACGUUAUUGGAACUAUCACUGAAAUGCCAAAUAUUGAUUUUCCAAAGAAUAUUACAAUACCAGAUCAUCAUAAAUUUGAUUUCUUACUUUCAGCUUAUGGAGUGCAAAUUUAUAAAUGUUUUGUUAAUAAUCAUAUUCCAAAUAAUUGGACGCUCGUAACACCCGACGCGUUUUGCAUCAAUGAUAAACAUACUCAAACUUUUACACCAGAGUUUGAAGUUGUCCAUCAUUAUUUCUUACCAAAGCUUAUUAAUGGCGGAAGGAUUGUGUGGAAGUCAAUAAUUAAAAAUGACAAUUCCUUAAUUGUAGCAAAAGUCAUUGCACAAAAUACUUCACCUGAUGGUCCAAGUAAUCUCCCUUGGCUAGUUAGUCAAGUCACUCAUCAUGAAGGUGAAGGAAGAUAUUCUGAAGUCACAUAUGUCUUACGAGUGAAUACUCAAGGAGGGGUCGCUCCUGCUGCCGAACAAUGCGGAACUUUUUAUCCGGAUGGAGCAAUAGUGAAAAUUCCAUAUAACACUGAUUAUUUUUUCAUAAAAUAGAAUAUAGAUCACAUGAUAGAUUUAUAUACUUUUUAAAAAAUUCUUUUCCUCCGAUAAUUCUUUUAGACUUUCUUGUCGUAAUAUUAAA